AUGUUAAAUAAAUCAUUUUUAUAUUUAAUAAUAAUAGUACUAUUUUUAUUAAUACUAAUUGAAAGAAAUGAAAGUAAAUCAUUUUUUUCAAAUAUUAAUUUACAUAAAAGUAGAGUAGGAAAUGAAAAUAAUAAAAUAUUUGCAUAUAGAAUGUUACAAUAUAAAAAUGGGUCAACAAUCAAUGGACCUUCAAAAGCAAGUCUAAGUUCAUCAUUAAUGGUUUAUCAAAAACAAUUUUAUCAAUCAACAGAUUAUGAAGGAAAAUCAGUAAUAGUUGAUCAAUCAGAUUUCAAUAUUGAUACUAUUUUAAUAUUAAAUUCAAAAAAAGUUGAUUCAAUAAUUGUUAAAAUUUCAACUGAACCUUUUCAAUCAUCAUCAUCAUCACCGUCAUCAACAUCAUCAUCAUUACCUAAUCGUGAUGAAAAUAAUGAAAAUAGUGAAAAUGAUGAUAAUAUUGAUAAAUUAUUAUUAAGUGAAACAGAAUAUGAUAAAAUUUAUACAAGUAAUUUAAAAAUUAAAAUUAAAGUACCAAUUUAUUUUGUAAAAAAAGAAGAAUAUGAAGAAUUAAUUAAAUAUGCAUACCACCAAAUUUCAAAAGAUAAAAUUAUCACACCAAAACAACAAAAUGAUUUUAAAUUUUUAAUUUCAUUAGGGUUACCUGAAAUUAUAAAUAAUCCAAAUUCUUAUAAUUUUCAAACAACUUUAAAAUGUAAACGAUCAUCAUUAAAUUCAUCACAACCACUAAAAACAAUUGUAAUAUUAGCAAGUUAUGAUUCGUAUAGUAUUAUACCUGCAUUAUCAGGUGAAAUUAAUAAUCAUGGUAAUUCAAUAGCAAUCUUUGAAUUAUUAAGAGUUUUCUCAAUGUUAUAUUCAAAUCCAAAUACACAACCAAUUUCAUUCAAUUUAGUAUUUACAUUAGUUGGUGCAUCAAGUUUAAAUGAAUUUGGUGUUAAAAGAUGGAUUGAUCAACAAUCUAAAUCAUUUUUAAAUUCAAUUGAUCAUGUAUUAUGUAUUGAUUCAAUUGGUAUGAAAUCAUAUUCAACUUUUAAAAAUAAUAAUGAUGAUGGAGAUGAAAAUGAAAAUGAAAAAGAAUUAAUAAAUGAUGAAAAUAAAUUAUAUCUUCAAAUUUCAAAAUCAUUAACAAAAUCAUUAAAAAUUAAAAAUCUUGUUGGAAAUUACCAAUUCUCUGCAAAAAAUGAUGAUAUUAAUUUAACAAUCAUUCAAAAGAAAAUUGAUAUUUCAAAUCCAAAAAUUAAUUUUAAACAUGAAAUCUUUUCAAGAAAACAUAUUGAUUCAAUGACAAUUACACAAAAACAAUUUUCAACACCAACUACAAAUGGAAUUUUAUCAACAAAUUCAAAAUUAAGUUUACCAAUCUUAAAAAGAAAUACAAAAAUAAUUGCAUCCUCAUUAUUAUCAUAUAUUUAUAAUAUUAGUAAUAAUAAUAAUAAUAAUAAUAAUAAUAAUAAUAAUAAUUAUAAUAAUAAUGAUUUAUCAAAACUUUUAGAAUUUUCUUUAGAUAUAAAUGAACAAUCAAUGUUAUCAAUGUAUCAAGUUUUAUUAAAUACAAAUUUAAUGUUUCCUUAUAUUCAACCUUUAAAACCAAUUGAAAUAAUAAAUAAUAAUAAUAAUAAUAAUAAUAAUAAUAAUAAUAAUAAUAAUAAUAUUAAUUAUAAUUAUAAUUAUAAUAAUGAAAAUAGAAAACAAACAAUUAUAAAUAAUCAAAAUAAUAAUAAUAAAAUUGAUUUAAUUAAUGGUAUUGAAUUAAUAUUUAAAGAAUAUAAUGACAAAUUAAAUUGUGUAAUAGAUAUUUUUCAAACUGGUACAUUAGAGAUUGAAAAUACUGUAAAAUUUUAUCAACCAACAAAAGCAACUAUGAGUUUUAUUCAAAUUAAACCAAUUUCAUUCGAUGUUUUAAUAUUUACAUUUUCAAAAGAGUUAAAAGAAUUAAUAAAAAGAAAUCAAGAUUUACAAGUUCAACUCCAAGGUUACGAAAGUCAAAUCCAAGACUACAUUAAAGAAAUUGGAAAUUCCAAACAACAAAUCAGUGAAGUACAUGAUAACAUAAAUGCACAAAAACCAAGAGAAGAUUUCUGGAGUAAUUUAAACCGUGGUUUAAAGCCAUUUUCCGGUGACAUUCCAGGUCUAUUCAGUAGUAAUAUUAGAGAAUUAGAAAAUAAAAUCAAGAAUUUAGAUUCUGAAAUCAUUAAUAAAAGUAAUAAUAUCGGUAAUCUUCAAGUUCAAAAAGGUGAAGUUGAAUUCAAAAUUAGAGAAAAUGAAAUUAAAACCAAAGAAUUAAUUUUAAAAAGAGAGAAAUUAGAAAAUGAUAAAAAAGAAUUGGGUAAAACUAAAACUCUUAAUGGUGAUUUUAAAUUAAAAUUAGAAAAUUUAAAAUAUCAAUGUAAAUCAAUCAUUGAAAAUAUUAAUAUUGGUAUUGAAUUAUUAGAUAUUGGAAUUAACCAAAUUUUUGAAAUUGAAGAAAAUGUUAAAAUUUUAUUCUCAUCAAACGGUUUAACUUUAACAUAUUAA